UCAGCCUUCAGAGCUGCAGCAGCUGUUUGCUGUUGGUGUGUUUGUCCGCUGGGGGGCGUCCUGCCGCCAUGUCUGCUGCUUUAACUCAGCAGCUUCUUUCUCUGCUUGGCUGCGUGAUGAAGCUCAUUAACUUCAUCUAUGACUCUGUCGCUCCUGCCGCGUCUCAUGUGUCUGUCAGCAGCUUGGACGCACUUUUCCUUCCUCACCGGGAUAAUACUGUCGCUGCUCUGUGACCGGGGAACUUGAUGAGAUCCUCGGACCCUCAUCAGCUUGAACUCGGCUGGUGUGAUGAGCCUGGGAGCCUCCCGUGUUUCCUGUGACGCAGGACAGCCGCGCCGUGCCGCGCCGCGCCGCAACGCGCACUUCGGAGCGAACAAAACGCGCCUUUGACUCCGGUCCUGUGGAACCAGCUGCCUCUGAUGUGAGCGUGUAUUCAUGUGGUGAGCAGUCCGGCACACUGAUCUGAGAGCGGCCAGGACUGUCUGUGAGAGGAGAGGAGAGGGACCCGAACCGACACCUGCAGGUGAUCCAGUAGAAACCUGCCGUUCAGAGGAAUUUACCGCUUCAGUCAGGACCAGGAGCCGCUCUGCUCUGUAGCUGCAGGAACAGAAAAAAAGUGGAAUUUUGGAUUUAAUGUUUUUGGUGGAUGGAUGCUGAUGAUCGAGUCCCUGCGGAGGAAUUUAUCAGAAAAUCUUUAUGUGAUGAGACAAACAGCUGGAGACAGAAAACAUCUGUCUGACCUGUGACACUGACAGAGGAAACACCUGCUCCUGCUGCGGAGAGAAAAGGUUUCUGGAAGAAUGUGAAACUGGAGCUGCUUAGACCUUGAAGUUGCGCCUCCUCUGCUGCCUUCGACAAGUAUGUCCGACACAGGAACCUGUGCUGCAGGAAAACAUCAGGGUCAGUGUUUGUAGGUGGGACCGCCCGCCGUGGUCGACCCUACCCUGGGUAACGGGGGACUCCAUGGUCUGGCUCAUCUCGUUCUCGCCAAACCGUCAGUGCUGCUGCUACAACCACCUGCCUGUUGAUAUAUCACGGCUUCCUUUCCCUGCAGCUCAACUCACUGCAAAAUGGCGAGGGGUUUGAAGCCCCCGACUGUCACUGGCCACUGUUUCCUCUCUUUGCUGAUGCUUAAGAGCUGCUGGCUGCUAGGCUCCAGCUCCCAGAAGCCCGCUGUGUUGGCGGACUCCCAGCAGCCCCAGCAGGAGUACGCCCACUCUAUCCGGCUGGAUGGUGACAUUAUUCUGGGCGGCCUGUUCCCCGUGCAUGCCCGCGGCGAGAGGGGAGUGCCCUGUGGCGAGCUGAAGAAGGAGAAGGGGAUCCAUCGGCUGGAGGCCAUGCUGUUCGCCAUUGACCUCAUCAACAAAGACCCGGACCUGCUGCCCAACGUGACGCUCGGGGCGCGCAUCCUGGACACGUGUUCACGCGAUACCUACGCCCUGGAGCAGUCGCUCACCUUCGUCCAGGCACUCAUCGAGAGGGACGGCUCCGAUGUCCGCUGCGCUAAUGGCGAUCCACCCAUCUUCGCCAAGCCAGAUAAGGUGGUGGGCGUCAUCGGAGCGUCGGCCAGCUCCGUGUCAAUCAUGGUGGCCAACAUCCUGCGACUGUUCAAGAUUCCUCAGAUCAGCUACGCCUCGACGGCUCCGGAGCUCAGCGACAACGCACGCUACGACUUCUUCUCCCGCGUGGUUCCUCCGGACUCCUACCAGGCUCAGGCCAUGCUGGACAUCGUCACGGCGAUGGGCUGGAACUACGUCUCCACGCUCGCCUCGGAGGGAAACUACGGCGAGAGCGGCGUGGAGGCCUUCGUCCAGAUCUCCAGAGAGUCAGGCGGAGUGUGUAUCGCUCAGUCUCUGAAGAUUCCUCGAGAGCCGAGACCCGGCGAGUUCGACAAGAUCAUCCUCCGUCUGCUGGAGAUGCCCAACGCCCGCGCCGUCAUCAUGUUCGCCAACGAGGACGACAUCCGACGAAUCCUGGAUGCGGCAAAACGCAACAACCUGACGGGUCACUUCCUGUGGGUGGGCUCUGACAGCUGGGGCUCUAAGAUCUCUCCCGUGGUCCUGCAGGAGCGAGUGGCCGAAGGCGCCGUCACCAUCCUCCCCAAGAGGGCGUCCGUGGACGCGUUCGACCGUUACUUCAAGAGCCGCUCGCUGUCCAACAACCGCAGGAACGUCUGGUUCGCUGAGUUCUGGGAGGAAAACUUUGGCUGUAAACUGGGGAUGCACGGCAAGAGGCCCGGCAGCCCCAAGAAAUGCACAGGUCUGGAGAAAGUCAGCCGUGACUCCACGUACGAGCAGGAAGGGAAGGUUCAGUUCGUGAUGGACGCCGUGUACGCCAUGGCCCACGCUCUGCACCACAUGCACCGCGAGCUCUGCGCCGGUUACCCCGGCCUUUGCCCGCGCAUGGCCAACAUCGACGGCAAGGAGCUGCUGGCGCACAUCCGCGCUGUCAGCUUCAACGGAAGUGCGGGGACUCCGGUCAUCUUUAACGAGAACGGCGACGCUCCCGGACGCUACGACAUCUUCCAGUAUCAGAUCAACAACAGGUCGACGGCAGAGUACAAGGUCAUCGGACACUGGACCAAUCAGCUGCAUCUAAACAUGGAGGCCCUGCAGUGGACGACGGGCGACUCCUCCCUGCCGGCCUCGGUGUGCAGCCUGCCCUGUCGAACCGGCGAGAGGAAGAAGGUGGUGAAGGGCGUCCCGUGCUGCUGGCACUGCGAGCGCUGCGAGGGAUACCACGUCCAGGCCAGCGAGUUCAGCUGCGAGCUCUGCCCCUACGAGAAGAGACCCAACCACAACCGCACCGGCUGCCAGCCCAUCCCCAUCAUCAAGCUGGAGUGGCACUCGCCCUGGGCGCUGGUGCCCGUCUUCAUCUCUGUUUUGGGCAUCAUCGCCACCACGUUUGUCAUCGUCACCUUCGUCCGCUUCAAUGACACGCCAAUCGUGCGUGCCUCGGGGCGGGAGAUGAGCUACGUGCUGCUGACGGGUAUAUUCCUGUGCUACAUCAUCACCUUCCCGAUGAUCGCCGCGCCCGAUGUUGUCAUCUGCUCCUUCCGCCGCAUCUUCCUGGGCCUCGGGAUGUGCUUCAGCUACGCCGCGCUGCUCACCAAGACGAACCGCAUCCACCGCAUCUUCGAACAGGGCAAGAAGGCCGUGACGGCGCCACGCUUCAUUUCCCCGGCCUCCCAGCUCGUCAUUACCUUCUCACUCAUCUCAGUUCAGCUGCUGGGCGUCCUGGUGUGGUUCGCCGCCGACCCCCCGCACACCUUCGUGGAUUACGGCGAGCAACGCACGCAGGAUCCCGAGAACGCUCGCGGCGUCCUCAAGUGUGACAUCUCCGACCUGUCGCUCAUCUGCUCGCUGGGCUACAGCAUCCUCUUGAUGGUCACAUGUACUGUUUACGCCAUCAAGACGCGCGGCGUGCCAGAGACAUUCAACGAGGCCAAACCCAUUGGAUUUACUAUGUACACGACCUGCAUCAUCUGGCUCGCCUUCAUCCCCAUCUUCUUCGGGACGGCUCAGUCGGCGGAGCGGAUGUACAUCCAGACUGCCACGCUGACCGUCUCCCUCAGCCUCAGCGCCUCCGUCUCUCUGGGCAUGCUCUACAUGCCGAAGGUCUACAUCAUCAUCUUUCACCCGGAGCAGAACGUCCCCAAACGCAAACGCAGCUUCAAGGCCAUCGUCACGGCCGCCACCAUGACCAGCAAGCUGUCGCAGCUGGCGGCCGAGAGGCCCAACGGCGAGGUGAAGACGGAGCUGUGCGAGGGCGUGGAGGCCACCGUUCCGCCGACAAAAACCACCUACGUCAGCUACACCAACCACGCCAUAUGAAGAAACGACACCUCCGACACGAGGACGUAGGACGAGGACCGGGACAUUUUAAAAAAAAAAGCAGAUCUCAUGUCAGGCUCAGAGGAGACGUCACCGGAGCCCGAGACAGAGACGAGGAGCUCUGAACUAUCUGAAGGAUCAUCGAGACGUCUGACAAACUGAACCAACACAUCCGUGGUGUUUUUAUGCUUAUAGACGGCGAGGAACGGAGCCGGAACGGCACCGAAAAACCUGAAGGAUCACAAUUAAAAACCAUUUGAGACCCAGAAGAAGAAGAAGCAGGAGGAUGCUAAUGUGAAAGACAAAAAAAAAAAAACCUAAAAAAUUAAAGUCUUAAAAAAAGAAAUACAAAAAAAUAAAUGGUGGGGACCAACCAUAUUUGUUGUUAUUCUAAUUGUACAUACAAAAAAAACCAAAAAAAACAAUUUGUUGUUGUGAAAAUUUCUGAUUCUUGUCUCAUGUCGUCCGUCCGUCGACCUGCAUUAUGAGAUGAGUCCGUCGCUGUCUUUGGCUAACUGAAUGGUAGCUUUUGGUUGUGAAAUGUUUAAAUGCUAUGGUUGAAUUGACGCAUGCCUGUUUUUAUACAAAUGAUCUAUUUAUAAUAAAGGAAUGUUUCACAA